GUUUUUAAGCUUCAGUCGCAAUCUUUCCAACUUCAGUGAACAAAAGUCAAUUUAUUAAUGUGUGAAACAAGACAAUAAUAUUUUUCUCCACCAAAUGUAAAAGUAUAAGGAAGAAGCAAUGGAUGAUUUGUGGAUUUCGUGGAGUUGGGGGAGGAAACUAUCGUGUGAAAUGAUGGUACGGGGUUAUCUACCUGACGACCUUGCGUGUUAAAAAACCCUGAGAGUCGUGGCGGUCCCCGCGGCAAGAACCGCGGCAGUUCCGCUGAAGAACGCGUUCGGCAAAGACUCUAUUCUAAUCUUCUAAUCCUUAUUAUUGUUUUUAUUUUAUUUUUUAUUAUUUCGUUUUGGAUAAGUUUCGCGUGUGUUUCACAAUAAAUCAUGCGACGUUUUUAAGUGAAAAGUAACUGUGGAAAUUUUGCAGUUUUUCCAUACCUCUCUCCUUUUCGGACGCCGAAAAUUAUUUCGGCAGUGAAGCUGCGAGACAAUGGAAAGUACCACUUGGAUUAUUCUAUUAAAUCUUUCUUGUCUCUUGGUGAAUGGCCAUUAUCAAAAUGCCAAUCACGAACAUUGGAUGCGUCAAGUUCCACGACGUCCGGUGGAUGUCAUGACGGAUGUUAUCAAUAGUUUAGGUAUUAAUAUACUUCAACAAUAUCAUGUGCCAGGAAAUGUUGCAUUUUCUCCCACGGGAUUGGGCUUCGUUUUAAUCGCCCUUUACGAGGGAUCCGCUGGACGUGGAAGUAAACAAAUUGCCGAUUGUCUGCAAUUGCCGCACGAUCGACAAAUCACACGAAUUGGAUUAAGAGACAUUCAUCGAAGACUCAGGAGCUACCUAAACGCAGACGGUUUUCUCGGAGGACUGAAUCUAAACAAAGACAACACAAGGUUACGUCCUGAAUUCGAGGACAUUCUAAGAUUCUAUGGUUUUGAUUUUACGAUAGACAAUUCCCAAAUGAAUGCAACUGAUGCCACGACUGUUAAUAUAAAUGAUAAUACAACAAUGGCUGGUGACAUGAUGAAUACAACACAAACGAAUACAAAUGGAAUGAUGACAAUGCUUACUGAUGGAGCAGCGAAUCAAGCAAAUAGCACAUCUGGAGGAAAUAAUGGAUCAUCAACCACAGGUACACCUGGAACAGAUGGAUCAUCAACAGUAGUUACUUCUACAACAACAGGAGCUUCUGCAGCCGCAACGACAAUAUCUCCCGCCGGAGCAAAUCCCCUAAUGUCAGAUGGUGCUUCAGCAACAACGCCAAUGAAUCCUCCUCCAACUACAAUUGACACUUCAGUUGAUAUAAUUUCCGUAACGCCAAACAAUUCUGCAAUUAGACAAUCGACAAAUUCAUCAGUUACAUCUUCUUCAUCGUCAACUGCUGGAAGUUUGGAUACUCCUUUAGGUGUAACCGAUUCACCGGGAAGACUUUCGACAACUUCAGUUUCAAGCGCGGGAGCAAUGACGACAAUGACAAAUUUUGAUGAUUCCUCCGAAUCAAUGGCACCAAUUUCUGUUGGCCAAUUUAAUUCGGCAACUGGAUCGGAAGCCAGUAAUGAACUUGAAACACCUACGGAGUCAUUAACCUCAAUGAGAAUGGAAACCACUACAUUUGGAUCAAGAUCGGUACCUGCUAGAUCAACGUCAUUUCGUCCAACGCCAGUGACAUUUAGCUCGAGACCGAGUUUAUCGACUUUGAGAUCGACCACGUCUGACAAAUUUCAAACUUCGUCGCGAAUUCUUGACUCUAUCACUUCAACAAUGAGGAAGCCAAGAAUGAGUACUUCAACUCGUUUGCUGCCAGUGACUACGACCUUAAAGACAUCAACUACAGAUAUUAGUACUAGUACUAAUAGUGAUCGAAACAGUGAAGCUACUUCAAUAAAAACCAGUAGAUCCACUGAUAUUGUAACAAGUUCAACUACGGAUGUACCAUCAUCUGCGAGUACAAAUUUACCAAUUACGAUAACCACAAAUAAUAUACCAACUAUUACAAAAACCGAUGUUCCAAUUAAUUUCAAUACUGACAUUCCCACAACGAAUGUUCCAUCAACAAUUGUUGCUGAUUCUGGAUUACAAACUGAAACAGAACCAACAAUUGAACUUCCGUCAUCCAACAAUGUUCGUAAACGAAGAAGUGUUGAGCAUUAUUUUUCAACUUAUCCUGAUGAUGGUCUGUGGAUGCAGCAUUUGAAUAUUUGGCGACCACCUCAAGAAACAGAAGAAGCAACUGUAAGGGAUUCAAAGCAAGUAGGAUUUCUUGUAAAUGGCUGUGAUGUUGCUUCAGUGUCAGCAGCAACCUAUACAGCAGUUCUUCCCUUUGCAUAUUUCCCUUCGUUGAAGGCUGUGGCAGUGGAAUUUCCUCUUGAUAAUCCACGGUAUAAUGUAAUUCUGUUUCUACCAACUGAAAGACCCGACACUUUACGCCUAGCAAUAGAUUUAGGAUCGAAAAGUUUACGAUUGUUACGGAAACAUUUGCAGCCAACUUGGAUAAGAGCAACCAUUCCCUCUUUUAUGUUAAAGGGAUUCGUUACUCUCACUCCCUAUUUGCAGAGGUUGGGCAUAAGGGAUGUAUUUGAGCCACGGGCAGCGGAUUUAUCGCCAAUGACUCCAGACAUUGGAGUUUAUGCACGUGACGUGCAACAAAGCAUUGGAGUAAAUAUAAGAAAUUAUAUGGAGCCAGAUAGAACCAGCUCUCGUGAGUCGUCACAACAAGAAUUUCCUCUAAUUGUUCCACCACGUCGGGACUCUUAUCGAUUUCUCUAUCCAGGAAAUGGUCUUCUAGAAAGGGCUGGUCCUGUAUCCUUUGUUGCUGAACAUCCGUUUCUUUACUUUAUCAUCGAUACUGAAACUACAGCUACUCUAAUUGCUGGUCGCAUUGACGAUCCUCUCAACUCAAGGAUAUUAUAGUUUAAAAUGUCAAUAUAUUUAUAUAUAAUAAUAUAAUAUAUUAAAUCCGUGAAAAAAAAAAAUUUCGCCAGAUAUUUUUCAUAUCAAAAUCUGUGACUAUAAAUAUUAUUAUUAAUUUAAUUAAUUUUUUUUUUUUUUUUUUUUUUGGUAAACUAAUUUGCAAGCUUUUUUAAUAUAAAGAGAAAAGGAAACUUGGAUACAAAAAAAAUUUAGGUUAUGUUUGUGAAUUUUGGAGUGAAAAUACACAAACUUUUAAUACAAACCACUGAUGUUUGUCUUCAUUGGAUCCAAAAUAUUCAAUAGAAACAGAUUUUGAUUUUCUAUUAUUAAAAAUGAACGUUUAAUCAAGCUAAAACUAUCACUAAACAUAACCUAAAAUUUUUGCCUUUAAGGUCCCUUUCCUCGUGGAGCGUCACUGAAAAAAAAUUAUUUGAUUCCAAUAAUUCAUUACUUAACUAUUAUCAAAUAAAUAUUUAUUUGUAUUAAAUAAUUGUUUUUUGUUAUUAUUUUAUUGUAUUAUUUAUUUAUUUUAUUAUUAUUAUUAUUAUCAUUAUUAUUAUUAUUUUACAAAGC